UAAUAAAUCACAGAAACGUCCUCACAUUCCUCCCAUUGGUUUUCUGCAGGUUUGCAGCCAAUGAGCUAAACGUCCCCCUACACCUGCACCCCCCUCCUUCCCUGUAUUAGUGUUACAACCCCCUCCCAACUGAAAUACAGUUCUUGGAAGAGGAGGAGAUGAGGGGUGGGACACUGACUGCAGAAGGAGAGAGGGCAGAUUGCUCCAUCUCAGUAACAUCAUGACACAGGAUGGAGUACGAUCACUCGGUAUGCAGGGAACCCCCUUGUUUCCCUUAGGCUCAUGGCAAUGGCUUUAAGUGUGGGAUGUGCUGGCUUCCUUCUCCUCACUCUACUGCAUGUACCAAAGACUCUUGGCAGAUCCAACAGCCUCUGCCCUCAAACCUCCUUCUACCAUGAUUGCUGGAUCCGACGCUUCCCUGGGCUCUUCCUUAACCUCCCUGUGUCAGAGCAACGCGGGGCCCAGUUGCUACAAACUGAGAUGGAGCCAUCUGCCCAGCACUGCAGCCGAAAGUGCUGUGACCAAGCAGCACCCUGCAACCUGGCAGUGUCUUUCCUGGAUAUCAGCCAAGGAAGAGUGAGUUGUCACUUAGUCCACUGCCCCCACCCGGAAAGCUGCAUCCUCCACCAAAAAGACUCUGCUGUCCUCUAUACUGUUACUGCUGGUAUUGACCCUGAUCUGUUGGUGUUUGAGAAACUGGGACAAAUUGAUUUGAACCCAAGAUCAUCUAUGAAAUUGCAUCGCCUAAACACAUCAGGGGCAGUUGUCCCCCCAGUUCCUCUUCCCCAGUCUUUUCUUUCUUCUAAAGACCCCCAACCAGCUCAACAAUCAUCUGCACCACCCAAAUCCCCUACAGAGUCAUCAUUACCUCUCCCUACCUCUUCUCAUCACUCUAUCCCUACCUCUUCUCAUCGCUCUCUCCCUCAUCCACCUGGUCCAGGGGAUUCUAUUCGUUCCUUCCCUCCUACCAAGUCACCGCUAUUUACAACACCCUGCAUUUCUGAAACAACCUCUGUUUCCCAGUCGAAGACCAGUUCCCUGGCUGAGACAUCUCACAGUGAAGACCCUCUAACUUCUAGAGCACCAGUGGGACAACCCAUCCCCAACCCGCACAGUCCAGCUCAUCUUGACAGCAAUAAACAGCAUGUCAAUGAUACCAAAGGUCACAGUGGGAAGAACCAGAGUUCUGAUGCAGAGGUGGAAGAUGCAUCUGGUUCCUGGCUGGGUCUAUGGUUAUUCCCUGGCUUGGUUGGCUCUUCGGUUGCAUUAUUGUGUUGCUGUUCAGGGAUUAUGAUGCUUGGAUGCUGCAGGAGAAGGAAGAGGGGUAGAUACAGACCAGGGCAGGUGGCUGAUGAUAGACGGGGUAGUUUGAUUAGGUUUGCUUUACUUAAGGAGAAGGAAUGAUUCUGAAGUCAAGGAUGGAGAGUGUCUGAACAAUCCAUACACAAUGUCAAGUUGACUUCUCAGAUUGACCAAUGACGCCCUGCAACAUGCAACCAUAGUUAGUGGGUGGUGUACAGUAGAUGGGCAUCUACAAGAUGAUAAAACACAAGGAUGAAGUUCUAUUUGGCUCCUUGCUCAAGUAUCAGGUGUUAAGAGUACAAACAACAAGAACGUACAAAAAAAAUGUUUCUCUUGUUCACAAAGGAUUGGUGUUGUCACCUGCCAAAUUCAUUGUUUUUCAUUUUUUAAUUGUACAGAUUAAUUCUAUUGCAACAUUUUUGUUGUUGUCUGCUGCUUAAUUUAUAUUCAGGAGGCUGCUUCCUGGCUUAGCAUCACAUGCUUUAAGGACAAUGUCUAUGCUACAAUUUUGGUGCAAUUAAAGAACUUUUUAGUAAGUUU